AGUGCCGAAGCUGAGACGGUGCCUGAAAGGUUCGGAGCCAGCCUUCAGGCUUUGGAAGGUGAGAAGUGAUCUUUUCGCUGGUGCUACGGCUAACCUCUACAGCGCUCUGCACACUUACUGCGGUGGGGUCCGACCUGCUUCGUCCCCAGGUCUUUUGGCUCUUGUCUCGGAAAGGCGGCUUCCUGUUACAUGAUGCCCCCGUUUGGACUCCUGCACAGGAGGGCCUGGGCUUCACUGUUUGGCCAGCUCCUGCGGCCGUCCGGUCUUGUGUGCAUCGGGGAGGUCCAUUUUCAUAGCCAGGUUUCAGAGGCUGUGUUAAUAUCCCAACUGAAACCACAUCAAGAAAAAUCAAAUUUUGUUAUCAAGACCCCAAAGGGCACCAGAGAUCUUAGUCCCCAGCAGAUGGUUGUGAGGGAGAAAAUUCUUGAUAUGGUUAUUGACUGCUUUAAACGUCAUGGAGCAAAGAGGCUAGAUACUCCAGCAUUUGAGCUUAAGGAAAUGCUCACUGAGAAAUAUGGAGAAGACUCUGGACUAAUCUAUGAACUGAAGGAUCAGGGUGGAGAGCUACUGUCCCUGCGCUAUGACCUUACUGUCCCUUUUGCACGUUAUCUCGCCAUGAAUAAAGUGAAAAGGAUGAAGCGCUACCAAGUUGGAAAGGUAUGGCGACGAGAGAGCCCAACCAUAGUCCAAGGCCGCUACAGGGAAUUCUGCCAGUGUGAUUUUGACAUUGCUGGUCAGUUUGACCCUAUGAUCCCUGAUGCAGAGUGUUUGAAGAUCAUGUGUGAGGUCCUAAGUGGUUUGCAGCUGGGGGACUUUCUCAUUAAGGUCAAUGAUCGGCGGAUUUUGGAUGGGAUAUUGGCUGUCUGUGCUGUUCCUCAAAGCAAGUUCCAUGCCAUCUGCUCCUCUAUAGACAAAUUAGACAAGAUACCUUGGAAAGAGGUGAGACAUGAGAUGGUGGCAAAGAAAGGCCUGGCUCCUGAAGUGGCUGAUAGAAUUGGUGACUAUGUCCAACGUCAUGGUGGGGUAUCCCUGGUAGAGGAAAUGUUCCAGGAUUCUAGACUAUCCCAGAACAAGCAGGCCUUAGAGGGUUUGGGGGACUUGAGGUUACUAUUUGAAUACCUGACUUUAUUUGGAAUUGCUGAGAAGAUCUCUUUUGACUUAAGCCUAGCUCGGGGCCUGGACUACUAUACUGGAGUGAUCUAUGAAGCGGUGCUACUACAGACCCCAGCUCAGGCUGAGGAGUGCCUCAAUGUGGGCAGUGUGGCUGCUGGUGGACGCUACGAUGGGCUGGUGGGCGUGUUUGAUCCCAAGGGCCACACGGUGCCGUGUGUGGGACUCAGUAUUGGGGUGGAGCGAAUCUUUGCCAUUUUGGAAGAGAGGAUGAAGACUGCUGGUCUGAAGAUACGGACUACAGAGACCCAAGUGUUUGUGGCUACACCACAGAAGAACUUUCUUCAUGAACGGUUGAAGCUAAUUUCAGAGCUUUGGGAUGCUGGGAUCAAGGCAGAGCUGCUGUAUAAGAACAACCCUAAACUACUAACUCAGCUGCAUUACUGUGAGCACAUGGGCAUUCCACUGGUGGUCAUUAUUGGUGAGCAAGAACUGAAAGAAGGGGUAAUCAAGCUUCGUUCAGUGGCCAGCAGGGAGGAGGUGGCUAUUAAACGGGAAAAUCUUGUGGCUGAAAUUCAGAAGAAACUAUCUGAGUCUUGAUCCUUGCCUGCUUGCCAUCUGCUGCUCUUUCUAGAAGACGUUUCUUGUGGACUGAGUUCCUGAUGGACUUUGCAGUUGCUGGCCGGGAUGGGUGACAAGUUCCUCUGCCUCCUCCAUCCUUUCUGGGUACAAAGCUGUGGGAGGUCCUGAGGACUCCUGGGCUAGUGUGAGCAGCUAUUCUGCAUGGGUGCAGAUGGCUGGUAUGUGAAAGAGACAUGCUCUAACUGCAGAGACAGAUGGCAGAUUUGAAGUGCCAUGGAAUGCUGCCAACAGGUGCUGAGAUGGUUGCUUUGAGCAAAGCUCUAGGAAGGUUGCCUCAGGCUGGGACCAUUGAGAUCAGAAGUCAGAUAUGUGGCCUUCCGUUGUGGCUUCUGAACCAGAUUCUGGGAAAUUUGUCCACAACCUGCCCUUGGCUUGUCCAGGGAGUAUUGGGAGAUAGCAAGGAAGGGGCAAAUGGCUGCCUUCUCCUUUGAGGACAGAGAUGCUAUCCUAAGGGCAUAGGAGUGCUCAUGGUUGUGGCAUCUCUACCCCAUCUGCUGUUAGUAGAAUGAGGCUGUCUGUUUAGUAAUUUUGAAUGUUGAAUUUAAUAGGUGACUUGACAAGAUGGUCUAAUCUUUUGAGAUUUUGGAGACCAUUUCCUGUGCCAGAAUUACUGCUCGACUAUGUUCCAUGUUGUCCUAUGGAGGUGGCUGUUCUAGAAAUGAUUGGAUAAUAAAUAAAAUACUAAAUGUA